UGCUGUAUUUUUUAUUAUUUAUUAUAAAUGAUUUAUCUUUUAAAUUGCACAUAAUUUAAAACAACUUUCUCUCCCUCUUGCUCUUUCAUCUAUUCUCUUCUCUAAUGACAUUUAAUGGAGUAAGGGUGGGACAACCUGUCAGUCACAUCCAGCCAUCCAAUCAAUUUCUGAUUAACAAAUUCAGGUCCCGUCAAACUUUUUUUUCUUUGAGAAAAUCUUUCAACAUUAAGAAACUGAUAUCACAUGAUAUCCCAUCUUCACAGGAACAAGGUACUGAAUUGUUUAAUGUUAAUGUUGUUUAACGAUUAAAUAGCAGAAAUGUCUGAUAUUUAUGAUGAUGUGAUCAUUACUGAGCCUGAGAGAAUUGAAACAAGCAGAGAGGAGAUGGCGGUGGCCAUCUAUGAGAAUCCAGACUAUGUGAGAGAUCAUGAUUUUAAGAGAGAGACAAGCACACCCCGACCACUUCAGCAUACAGGAGGUGCCUCUGUGAAGGUCAGAAGCUCCAGAGCAGCUGUAGUGUGUUUGGUGCUGCUGUGUGUUCUUCUGCUGACUGCAGUCAUAGUGUUAUGUGUCCACAUCCAUACAAACAACACAAACUACACGAAAGAGAAAGACCAGCUACUAACCGGGAAUACCAACCUCACAGAAGAAAAAGAUCAAUGCUCUGAUGACCCCAAAUGGAUAACAUACAAGCGUAGUUCCUACUACAUUUCCUCUGAGUGGAAGAACUGGUUUGAAAGCAGACAAGACUGUUUGCAGAGAGGAGCAGAUCUGAUCAUCAUAAACGACAAAGAGGAACAAAGAUUUGUUACAAAGGUUACUAGUGCAAACAUUGUGUGGAUUGGUCUGACUGACAGUGAUGAAGAGGGGGUCUGGAAGUGGGUUGAUGGCAGCACACUGACCUCUGGGAUCUGGAGAUUCUGGCGCCCCGGUGAGCCCAACAAAGCAAUUGGAGAUGAGGAUUGUGCUGUUACUAACUUUGAGUGGGCUGACUAUCCAUGUCUUCACACCUUUGCAUGGAUUUGUGAGAAGGAUUUAGAGGUUUAAAGAAAGCUGUUACAUCAAAUCUGUGCAUCCAGAGCAAAGCAGUAACCAAACAGAUUUGCUGUAAUAUGCAAAAAUCUUUUUUAUUAUUAUUGUAAUGGAUAUUUGAUGGUCAAUUUAAUAAAAUUCAUUUUUUUAUAAAAUUCAAAAUUCAUUCAUUAAUAAAAAAAAAAAAAAAAAAGUACUCAUUUGUCAAUGCAACCUCUUGUGUGUAAUAUUUCUCAAAUUGUCCUUAUUAAAUAAACAGGGAACAUGUGGUUU